AUGAUACAGCAAGAAAAAAUGAAUCGAUUCACAGGAGCAUUGUUUCGAUUUUGGGACACUCGCAUUCACUUUCUCGAGCUCCACUACCUGUACAUUUUGUUUUUAAUCUUUUUCUUUUCAGGCCUGUACUAUUGUGAGCCGGGCACAGAUUGGAACUACAUUGAUGCCUUGUUCAUGGCUACCACAGGCUCCACGGACACCGGCCUAAACACAAUUGCCAUGUCGGCCAUGUCAACAUACCAUAUGGUGCUGCUGUACAUCAGCUCUUUUUUGGGAUCACAUGUUACUGUCUCAUUUGUUGUGGUGAUGGUGCGUAGGUACUACUUUUCAAAGCGAUUCGAAAAGGAAUUAGAGUACAACAAGAAGCGCAAAGAGGAAUACAGACAGCAGAAACUGUUGAGAGAGCAGCAGGAGCAAGAGCGAGAGCGAGAGGAACAGCAGCGGUUCUCUUCGGAUGGUAGCAGCACAACCACCACCACUACCAAAGCAAGUCGAAAGACUGACAUCAUUACGGGCCCCAUCCGACGUCGUAUGUCUAUGCUCUCUGUGCGAUCCACACCUGCACACAACUCUCGAAAGCUAUCCUUCUUCAACCUCAACAAGCGUGGCUCGUAUGAUACACAUGCAACGAGAACCAGAGACAUUGUGGUACACCAUCCCAAUUACAAUUACAACGACAGUAGCAAUGGUAGCACGAGUCCCAGCGACACCAACUUUAGCUCCAUCCAGAUGGAUCACUAUCCCAACAGCCAAGAUCUACAGCAGCAUCAGCAACAGGAGGGUGAAGCUGCCAAUGGUGAUGACAGCGGUAAUGGCAAUGAUGAUGUAGAAUGCAUUGCCAGCACGCAUCCGUGUGAUACCACACCCUGUAACAGCAAAAGAAAUAGUAAUGUUAGCAGUGAUGACAACUUAUCACAAGAACAUGAAAAAAACGCUAUAUCAUUUUUAGACGAUCAAGACGACAAACCUGUAAAUAACACAUCCAAUACAACAAACACAAACAACAACCACCAAAUUACCUUUAGAGAAGAUACCAACGUUCUUCGUGAACGCGAACGCAGAAAGCUGUUGCAGAACAGAAACGAAGACAACAACAUGGAGCAGCUCCCACUACAUCGCACCAACUCAGAGUACGAGAUUAUGAGACAACCAUCCGCCAAACACGAGCUCACAAAGAACGAACGUUACCGCAUUGGCGGCACAGAAUACCGUGCCCUGGAGAUGCUUGCCAGAAUCGUCCCUCUGUACUAUUUGGGCUUCAUCAUUGGCUUUGGCUUCUUUUUCCGUAUCUAUGUCGCUGCUUCCACUUAUGCUCAGCAAGUACUGGCCACCUCCAACCCCACUGGCCCUGUGGAUCCAUGGUUCUUUAGCUUCUUUAUGAGUCUGUCCGCAUUUACCAACUUGGGUUUGAACCAUCUGGAUGCCAGUAUGGCACCCUUUCAGAAUGCGCCUGCGCCUUUGAUCCUGGCCAUACUGCUGAUCUUGGUGGGCAACACGGCAUUUGCCAUUCUGCUCAGAUUCAUUAUUUGGACCUGCUAUGUGUUAACACCUGAACGAAAGGUGAUGCGCCGUGAAACGUUUCGCUACUUGCUGGAUCAUCCUAGACGCUGCUACACCACACUGUUUCCUUCGACGCAAACAUGGUGGCUGCUCAUCGUAUUGAUUGCCAUCACACUGGUGGAACUGAUUUGUUUCUUAGCACUCAACUAUUGGUUGCCUGUGUUGGCCGGUAUAAGCUGGGGCUCCCGAUUUCUAGAUGGAUUGUUUCAAUCUGUGGCCACUAGAAAUGCUGGUUUCAGUGUAGUCAGUCUUGCAGAUUUGAACCCUGGUGCUCAGCUUGUGUACAUCAUUGCCAUGUACAUCAGUGUCUAUCCCGUGGCCAUCUCUAUGCGAAACAGUAAUAUUUACCAGGAACGUGCACUAGGCAUCUUUCGAGGCGAAGACGAAGAACCUGUCAAGUUUUCAGAUGACGAUUUGGCAGAAGCACCCUUUAUCAAACUGAAGCGACACUCGACAAUGACCAGCAUCGCUCAGGGCACCAAGAAGCUGCUCAAGGGGCCUGAUUUCUUUGUCAUUACUCAAAUCCAACGACAACUGACAAGCGAUAUAUGCUGGGUAAUCACGGGCAUUUUCUGCAUUUGUGUCAUUGAAGCAGAAUCCAUCAUGUCGCCCUCCCCUGUAACCAUAGCCACUGUCAUUUACGAAUGCGUGUCAGCAUUUGGUAAUGUGGGUGCGUCCACUGGCUAUCCCAACACAGCCACGUCUCAGGCAGCUCAAUAUCGCACGUUGAGCAAGCUUGUUCUGAUUAUUCUCAUGUACAGAGGAAGACACAGAGGUUUGCCUGCGUCUAUUGAUCGAUCCAUCUUGUUGCCUUCGGAUGCCCUGGCUGAAAAGGAAAAGGAAGACGAGAUCAGAAGACGCAACACAUCUGUGUCGUUGCAGGUUGUAAACGACAGCGCCACGAGCAGUGGUGUCCAAGGAUCGCCUGAUCAUUUAAUUUAUACUAGAUCAUGUACACUGUAG